GGCAAAAGUGGGGUGCAACUCCAAUAUUAGGAAGGUGUUCCUAAUGUUUUGUACACUCGGGGUAUAUUAAAUUACAAAUUAUUUAAUUGAUUGGGUUCUAAUGUAUUAAUUGAUUGAUUGGGUGCAGUCCCAGUUUUACAUAUCAACGACAUUUUCAGCAUGGUCUAAAAUUAUAUAACCAACAGCCUAUAAUAAAAUGUUAUUAUAGAGAGGAAAUGUGUGGUAUCAUGGAUAUGGAUAAAAAUGGCUCAAUUUCAUUGUCCAAUACAUGAAAUAUAUGCUGCUGUCUUGAUAAACAAAAUAAUGUCCCCUGUUGUGGUAGUAUUGCUUUAAGAGGCUUGUAUCUGUCCACGCGACGCAGUUUACACACAAGCAGCAAGGUCCCACAUCCUGGUAUUUUUCACCGUUGUCAAGGCAGCGAUAGAGAGAAAGGCUGGCUCGCGGAAAGUAUCUGCAGUGUCCUGACAGUAUAUCUGUCCAAACGUUAACAAACUGUCCCGGAAAGUUAGGUGUAACUACCAGGACUUUACCAUCUGGCGUCUGUUCAUUUCAAGAUGUGGCAGGUGACCACCAGAGAUGGGAGACGGACAUAACAAGACCUAUAGGAUGUUACUCAAUAGCUAAAGGCUGACGAUAUCCAUAUCUGGAGAACAUUGGAUGAAAAAGAGUAGGAUGAGUGAGGAGUCCGCAGCCAGCACAGUUUGGUGAAGAGUAGGAACGGUGACCAAGCAGCGACACGACCAUAAUGCCAACCACCCAGGGAACUGGAGGGGCUGGCAGCCCACGGGUUCAGCGCUACCGUCCGGCCUCGGAGUUUGACGACGCCACCCUUGCCCAGAAGAGAGAGUACUGGAGGACCAAGAAACGAGAGCAGAGGGCUAAGCUGUCAGAGGUCAAGAGGGAGAGGUCAAAAGCAACAAACCGAGGGAGUAAAUCCUUGGGCAGCAAUGCAGUCCAUAAAACCUCAAUGGGGUUGAAUUCCAGUGCCUCUUGUUCAAUAGCAGGGUCUGCCCCCCCUUUGUUGAAAAGUGAUGGUUCCUACCAAACUAAUGUCGGCGGUGCACCUGUAGUCCUAUUGAAGGGAAAGGGUUCUGCUGUCUCCUAUAAUCAGAACCAUAGUGUUGGGGAAGGGGGUCAAAACUAUUCCUCAGCAAACCAAAAGCAGAGUUGGUUCCAGAGGAUAAAACUCAACAAAGUCUUGCCUCAGUUUCCAACGUCCAGUGCAGGCCCAGGAAAAGGUGCAAUGGUCUGCAAGAUGGCAGUGAAAAGUUCUCCAACAGGGGGCGCUGUGAUUGGAACAGUUACCUCAGCCAAACCCAAUGGAGUGCUUCUCAACAGUGGCUCCUUUGUGCCUCCGGUAAGAGUGGCAGUGAGAGCCUCAGGCUCUGCACCUCGCCAACCACAGAGCGGAAUUACUAUUCUCAAUGGCAGCUCUCCUGUAGUGUCAUCUCAGCAGCAUCUGGCCACCCAGAGUGUAUCAAGGCCUGAUGCAAUGACAAAGACGCAAGUUACAGUGUCUGUUCAGCCUAGACCGCUAACCACUAACAUUACCACAGGGAAGACCAUUGUGACCACUCAGUCUGCCCCUGUGCUCGUUCACAAACCAGGGGUUAGGCCUAGAGGGAUGAAAGUAACACCGCUAGGCGGGAAAAAGAGUGCAUUGGUCGCAGCCCAAGGAGUUAGAAGCAUCAACGACACAUCAGCUACACUGGAGACUGAGGAGGAGCGAGCCGCCAAGCGCAGAGAGAAUUGGCGUAUCAAGAAAAGAGAACAGCGAGCGAAGCAAGCGGCUAGGUUAACAAAGGCCAGCAAGAGAAUCACGAACAUGGAGAUAUCGUUGCAGAAAGCAGAACUAUUACCAACCGUGGACGUUGAACGUCCCCUGUCUGCUUUGAGCGGACAUGGCCAGAGGCAGUGUGUUAGUAGGGUCAGUGCCCCGUUCAUCUCAGCCGGACGCCUGCUGAAGAACGCCAGAGCAGUGGCUAGCAUUGCUGUCAAAAGGGAGUCUGACGAUUCAAUCCUGGCUAAGCUAACCGCAGUCAACGCUAAUCAACAGACCAUUCAGCUAAGAGUAGAGAAUCCACAGGAGGCUAAAGCAACAAUGCAGACUGGUAUCGCAUCUAAUAUCAUUGGUUAUAAACCAGCAGGGGAACCAAGCAGAAGGCUUCCUGGUCCAGUGCAGUUUGCCAACGUUAGCCGAGGGAUGGUCCGUUGUAGGACUCCGAGACAGAGGUUAAUUGAAACCCAAAAUAAUUUCCUGGGUCAGAGAAAUAUGAGGAAGUCCCCCUGUCAUGCCAAAGCCUUCACAACCCACAAUGCACCCCGAGAUGACCCAACAGAGACCCCUGAGCAGAGGGCGGCCCGGAAGCGGGAAUACUGGCGUGUCAAGAAGCGGGAGCAGCGAGCCAAGCUGUCGGGCGAAGUGCGAGCUAAGAUGAAGGAGAGGGAUGCUCUGAUGCAAAGAGUCAAGCGUUACCAGAGCAUACUUGAGGAUAUGAGGAAGGCCAGAGCGGCGGGCUGCAACACACUGCCACAACCAACAGAAAAUAGGCCUACUCACACCAACGCCUCAGAGACCAUUGGAGGGUUCAUCAUGGAGGAUGGUACAUUGACCAAUAACAUUCCUCAAAUUGAUCUCACUACAGAAGCAAAAGAGACUGGGGGUGAAAUUGGCAGCAGUAGUGGGAUGCCUGUAAAUAAUUCAUUUACCAACAUUAACACACACCGCCAACACCAACUGCUUCCCAAACCUACUAGUGAUACCUCUAGUAAUGUGGUGUUAAGUCAUCAAACACAGGACAACCCACCACCUCCUCUAAUCCGCUCUGCUCAGUUUAAAGUCUCCUGUCCUCCCGUCGGCGUGUCAAUCAUGAAGCCUCCCAGGUUGGUUUCAAUCAGACCGAGGACUGAAUUUCGCAGCACACCGAAAAACCUCCAGAAUUCUCACACAGUCUUCCAGCCCCAGAGUCAUAUCACCCUCACACAUCCUCAAAACAUCCAAAACACCUUUCCUGGUGUGCCUACAGUGAUGCCAAAGCCGGCUAGCUGUGUCAUGCAGAUGGCUGUCAAAGCUUCUACAGCAUCAGCAGUGCUUAACUUGGACCCAAAGCUAACAGAGGAAGAAAGUAUGGCUAAGAAAAGGGAGUACUGGAGGGUAAAGAAACGAGAGCAGAGGGCAGCCCGUGCAAUCCGCUUAAGGCAAGGAGUUCAAGCUAGGGGAAACGCUGCCUCACAGAAGAGGCGGAACCAAAGGUUAGCACGAUUAGCCACAGCCAAUCCCAAUGUCAACACCUCUGUCAACCACACACUCACUAUCAAGCCUCUCUCAAACACCAGUGUGUCCACGCCUCCACAGGGGAACCAAAUAAAACAAGAGAGAGAAUCAAUCUCAACAGACGCUCCACUGGAACAACCACUCUGUGUUGAUAUCAAACCGUCCCGGUCUCCACCACAUCCAGAGCCAACAGACCCAGCCUUGAGUGCUGACAGCCAGGCCACCACUCUCCUGGCAGUGGCCUCUAUGAAGAAGCUCCUGGAGGAAUCCCUCAGCACUGUGGCCGACUGUAAAAUGGAACAGCCUGACUGUAUUACAGAACAGCUGCCUUGUAAAAGUGAACCCCAGGCUUGUUCCACCGAGGAGAAUGCCGUCCAGAUUGAGGUCAAGCCAAAUCUACCUCUGCUCACCCUGGGAGACGAGGAGAAGGCCUCCAUAUCUGGCGACCUAUCGUUGGAGGUCAAAGGGUGGCAGGUGGAUGCUGACGCCCCGCCACCAUGUCAGGUGACCAUUUGUCCAUUGAGUCCUCAUCCUAAGGACUCUCCCCUAUCUAGUCCUUGCACUAAGACCCUCUCUUUCUCAGCUCCCCCUCUCACUCUGUCCGAACCCCCCUCUCACACACCCACACACUCCUGCUCCCACAAGGCAGCCUCCGGAGGACCACUCCUUCCUCUCCCUCGUAGAGCCCAGAGGUUGCGUGCCAAAAAGGCAGGCCACCACAACUGCUGCUCCCCAGAACUUCCGAAGCUACACCACCAGCCUCCACAACAACAACCACCUUACCAACUUCAAAAUCAACAACAGCGUCAACAACAACAUCAAAAACAACCCCAACAACAGCAGCAGCAUCAGCAACAUCACCACGCCCCAGCAGUGACAGACCAGAAUGUGACUCUGCAGAAGAAGAGGGAGUACUGGAGGAUGAUGAAGAGGCAGCAGAGAGCCAGGAAGGCCAGGCAGGGAGGAGGCGGGCUGAGGCAGGGGGACUACAGCCGACGACUGGCCCUCAAAGCAGCACAGGCUCCGAAUCUCCAUAUUGUCAAGACACAGACACAGAGGCCAGUGCAGAGAGGCGGGAGCUUCAGUCUACAAGCUGCACCAUUUCUCAAACCACAGCCCUCCCCCCUUUUCCAGCCUAUAUCUCCCCCUGCCUCUGGACCUCAGACAAGCCUCAGUAUGGUCACCAACAUCCCUACACUUCUGGUUGUGAGCCCCACCACUUCCAACAUUGGACAGCCAUCUGAUACACUACAGCUCAAACCUCCGGUCAACUGUACCAGUAUUUCCAAUUCAUCCAUUGGCCACACAGGGUCCCCCCAGACAUCUCAUAGCUUCAGUACCGCGUUUCUCCCUGUAGGAGGCAGUGUCACUGUCCCUCCAUUGGGUGAGGGGAAGAAAGGCGGGCUUCUAUUGGUGGAGAGCCAACAGGAAGCAGCCCCAGGGUCCAGCCCUGACUCGCCACGCGUCAGAAAAUGGCGACUGCAAGUGCAGGAAAGCUCAGACGCAGACACCUCACCCAUCGCUACUCUCACACCUCCGCCCAACCCUCUGACUAGCAUCAAGCUCUUACCCAUUCAUCCUCCCAGUCAAACAUCCACAUUCACACCAACACAGACCCCUUUCAAAUGUCAAGGUGCUCAGAUUCCUCAAAGUGGGAAUGUACAAAAUGUACGAUUGCCUACAAUGCAGGCGCUCAACAAAAGCCCCAUCUACAUAAGCUCCAUGGGUCCGCCCAAGCCAGUGCCGGGGGAGUCGGAAGAGGAGACUCUGAGGAAGAAGAGGGAGUACUGGAGGGUGAAGAAGAAGGAACAGAGAGCCAGGAAGGCCAUGAGGGACAGGGAGCUGACUGAGAAGAAGGCUUCGGUCAACUGGAGGUCCAUCCUCCCGAGCAGUCAGCCUCAACACCUGCUGCAGGGGCUGGAUACACAGGAACAUGAUCCUGACCGGUGGGUCAACACCUCCGAGGACUCUGAACUACAUCUAAGGACUUCCACAGAGACAGACAUGGGCUACUUUCCUGACCCAAGCCAUACGGAACCUAUAGAAGAGGAAUCAGAGCUCCUUUUCCCAGACGGUGAUCAUGACGACAACUACAACGGCCCCAUCUCAGAUGCUGUAUGGAGGAACUGCUUCCUCAUGGACUACGACCCCCUGAACCAGCUGCUGGUGUGCAUGGUGUGCGGGGAGCCACAGUACUCCCACAGCCUGGAGGGGGUGAGGGCCCACAUCGAGGAGGCUCACCCGGACACCCUGAGCCUGGUGCCCCCGGAGCGCCGGCACAUCCUGGAGGCCUGGGACGAGCAGGUGUCCAGGAGAGAACUUUUCUUCACCAGCCAGCUGCAGCAGCACAGCGGGGCAACAGGAGGGGACAGUGCCAACCUGCCAGCAGAAGUAGAAGUAAUGGUUGAUACAGAGGACUCCUCAUACCUGAAGAACAGCAAGAGCUCCAAAACCACCAAAAGACUCUGAGAGCUAAGGUGAGCAUUUGUGCCUUCUUAACAGUACAUUGAACUGACACCCUCCAUGUCUAAAUAUCAUAACGUUGACCACAGCUCUGAGUACCAAAGGGGGUAUUCCUAUCUGUCUGUAAGAACACAUUUUUAUUCAACAUAUUUCUGACAUUGCACAUCUUUUUUGACAAACUCCUACUUAUUUGUCUUGAUUUGCAGAAGCACAAAUAGCUAAAUGCCAGACAGCAUAAAACAACAUUGUCAGAAGAGGAAAAUAAAACAUUACUGCUGGUUUCUUUAAUGUCUGUUUAUUUUUACAGAGCAGUUCACCUCUACAAAGGAUACACUCAGCUUGAACUGCAUGCUUGUAUAUGGGUCAUUGAACCACAAGAGACAAGCUUUACCUCAUUAACUUUGGGAUAUAGACACAUUCGCUGUUUUUGAAAGCGCAGUUUUGUAGCGAUUGUCAUUCUCUAUUACUAAACCAAGUCUUCUAUGCCCUAAGCAAACAGUUAAUAUUCAUGAUGUCACUAGGUUCUAUAAUGUCAUUGUGCUUUAUGAAACCUACUAAAGCAGAAAGGAGGGCCCUCCUAGUCAACAGUAAUGGGUUAACAUCCCUGUUUUAUGUGCCCAUGACAAACAGGUCAGUGAAUGACAGGUCUUUGGUCUUACUCCUCAAUGUAUCAGGAUCAAUAUGAUGCAAGUUAGCGGACCUGUAAAUUUGACUUGACCAUGCGUCCUUUGAAAUUGCCUACGGGUGAUCAGUUGUUCGAUGGUUGAUAUUUGUCUGUACAUACAUUUUUAUAAUUUCAUUUUAUAUUUUUUUCACAAUUCCUAUGUUUUGUUAUUCAGAGGGAUGUCCUUGCAUGUGGGUAUUUUAAAUAUACCCUAAAAAGUAGAGAUUUUUUCGGUCACACUUUAAACGAAGAACAACUUAUAAAGCAGGGUUCCCCAACUGGCGUCCCACUGUUUUAUUUGCCCCCCAUGUUUUCUGAGCCAAAAAUAAGUGUUGGACAUAAGACUGUAAAAACACCAGCUCCGAGAUUGUAAUUUUGGAAAUCUGUUCCAAAGUAUUCCCACGCA